AUGAGUUCAUCAGCAAGAAAGGAAGAAGAAUAUGAUGACGACGAUGCAUGCAUGUAUGCGUUGUUGUUGUCAACUUUUCAAGUGUUCCCUUUCAUAUUGAAUGCUGCUGUUGAACUCAACCUGUUUGAGAUAUUGUCUGAGUUAGCCCCCAACGGUGCAUACUCAUCGGUUUCCGAAAUCGCUUCAAAGCUUCCUUCACAGCACCCUCAACUCCACAACAGGCUGGACAGAAUGCUUCGUGUGCUUGCCAGUUUCUCACUUCUCAAUUCGAGUGUCGUCGUCGUCGACGGCGACAAGGUUGAGAGGCUUUAUAGUCUCUCACAUGCUGCUAAAUAUUUUCUCAAAAAUCAGAGUCAUAAUCUAGCUUUUUUCUCAAAUCUCAACUGCCACCCAGCUCUAACAAGGGUUUGGGUAAACAUUAAGGAUGCAAUUGUUGAUGGAGGAAUAGAGGUUUUCAAGAAGGUUAAUGGGAUGUCAGUGUGGGAGUACAUGGAGAAGGAUGCAGAACUGAGUGACACUUUCAACAAAGCAAUGGCAGGAAUGUCUGCCACACAUAUGAAGAAAUACUUGGAAGCAUAUGAUGGAUUUGAAGGAGUGUCAACGCUGGUUGAUGUUGGAGGAGGUACUGGACACUGCCUCAAAAUGAUCCUCUCCAAGUACCCUAAUAUUAAGGGUAUUAACUUUGAUUUGCCUCAAGUCAUUCAACAUGCCCCACCCUAUCCAGGUAUUGUGCACGUUGGAGGAAACAUGCAUGAAACCAUUCCAAAGGGGGAUGCCAUCAUGAUUAAGGCUGUUUGUCAUAAUUGGUCAGAUGAGAAGUGUGUAACAGUGCUGAAAAACUGUUAUAAAGCACUUGAAGAGAAUGGGAAAGUGAUUAUCUUUGAGAUGAUCAUGCCUGAAGAACCAGAUUCAAGCAAUGCCUCUAAGCUUGUCUCUGUUGUUGACAAUUCAAUGUUGCUUCAUGCUGGAGGCAAGGAGAGAACAGAGAAAGAAUUUGGGAAGCUAUGCAAAGACUCUGGAUUCACCACUUACCAAGUUGUUUGCCGUACUCUUUCUGUUUUCGGAGUCAUAGAAUUUUAUAAAUAA